AUGUUGACGCAGGAUAUGACCUUGUACCAUUCAUGGGUGGAAUCCUACGACAAGAAGGAAGAAACUAAUCAGAAAGGUAUCGAAACCGUGCGUGAAGCUGAAGGGGAUCACUCGCAAGCAGCUGUCGCUGCUGCUCGUGAAGAUGCUGAUGGUGGAAAGGGCAAUGGUAAAAACGGUAGGCCAAAGCCAAAGCCCAAACCCAGUACAGGUCCCAAGACAAAGACCGACGAACAACUUGCACGCGCAGCUGUGGUCAAGGCCAAUUCGAACCUUCUGGAAAUUUCCCAGUGGAGGUACAAACUUGAGUCUGCAGGAAUGGCGCAGGCAGUGGCAGCUGCAUUUGUUGGGCAAAUGGAGGAAGAGGCAAACAAGUUACGGGAUGCAAAGAGCGCCCUUGAGAGUGCUUUGAGCAAAGGGGAGGCACUAAGUGAUGCCACAGUAGCAUUGAGCGAUGCCAACAAGGCGUACCACACAGCAAGUUUGCAGGUCCGAAAGAACUGUGACCACAGCUACGCUGACUACUUAAUCUCUUCACUUGGCCGCGGUGCCACCUCAUGCGCGGAGCUUCAGCGUGCCGCACAAGCCUCGGUCCAAGAAGCCCAGGCUCAUGAUGGCCAUCUUAGUGAGCUCACUACAAGAAUGGCCCGGCUUGGCUGCUACGGCAAGUACCCGGGGAACAUCGAACGCUUGGAUUUGUGUCGCUUCCCCGUCUUCGCUUUAAGGGUGAGCCGGUUGGUUCCUGACUACUCCCUGCUCUUCUGGAUGGACAUCACCCAAGUGUGGACUUUGAGGGGAAGCCUUUGCCUUCUUGGCUUGAUCGGCUGA